CCUUUUCAAGAACUCAAGCAGCAAUCAACCGGAUCUCCACGCGGCGGGAGAAGCUACAUACUAGGAGUUAGAGCGCUAUUUACGCCCCGUGGAUGUCUACCGUUGACGGAAGCGAAAGGAAACGUAAGCCAGUUGACCUUAACCUCGAGAACUCACCACCAUCAAAGCAAGUUAAAAUCGAAGGCGGAACAAUGUCGGCCGGCCCUCCCAGCAAUCUGUUACCCCGCCAAGCGCUGCAGCAUCUUGUUAGUCUACAGCCAUCUAUGAGUGAUGAACAAAAGACGAAGUAUAUGACUGGUCUGGAUCGGUUGAGAAGCCUUGUGGAGAAAAGCGGGCUUGGUACCACCGAAGGCCAGGCGGCGCAGGUCCAAUAUGACCAAAUCGUCAAUCGCCUUAAGAUAUCACUGCGGCAGCAGCAAGCACAGCAGAAACAGCGAGAGGCACAGCAACAGCAGCAAGCUCAACAGCAACAAGUUCAACAGCAGCAGACGCAGCAGCAGCAGAACUACAGCACACCAGCUGGAAGUUCUUUGGCAGGUAUUGCGGGUGGCAAUGGGACGAUGAUCAGUGGGGGAACAAGUGUCGGAAGUGUCGUUGGUGCUGGACCUGUUACUUCUGGGGCUCCGGCGGCGCCGUCAAUAUCUCAAAGACAAACGUGGAUAGUCCCAGCGGGGGUUGCCCCGCAAAAUGCGGAUGCUUGGCGGGCAGAAAUUUACGGCAAGCUAUCGCAAGUUGGACAAAAGAUGACCCAGGCAAAAGCACAGAUUACUGCUCUACACCAAAGCCUCCAGCGACCAAACCUAACGCCCGAUGAGCAAGUAGGAAUCCAACAGAAGAUUACUGAAGUGACCCAAAAUUUCAAUGGAUGGAGGGAUGUUCUCAAUAAAUUCACCGCCCAACAGAAGAUGCUCCAACAACAACAGCAGCAGCAACAACAGCAGCGGAUGAGGGCUAGCCAGCAACAAGGUCAAGUUUCGAUGGUUGGGGGUGGGCAAAUGCAGAAACCCGCCCCUCAAGGCAUGGUUCCGGAUAUACAGCAAGGGCAACAGGGAAUGAUAAACGUUGGAGCUCCACAACAGCAAACAAACCCCAAUAAUACCCAAGGAAACCCACCGAAUUUACACCAGCAGCCCGCCCAACAGCCAAACCAAAUGCAGCAACAUACGCAACCACAUACGCAGCCGCAGACGCAACAACAGCAACAUCAAAGUACCCCUGCGCAAAGAAUUGCAACCCCUAUACAACGAGCAGAUUCUCCGCCGGGCCCUAGCAAUAACGUUGCUGGAAUAAACCAGAAUCGUGUUUCUGUCGGUCGACAAACAAUGUCUCCUGCAGCUCAACAACAACCCCCAAUGCAACAACAACCGCAGCAAGUAAUGGGUCAGACCUCAACGACCCAGCAACAAGCUGUUACACAGCAACCCCCACAGCAGGCCACACAGCAAGUGUCUACCGCGGCCCAGCGUGGCCUCCAUCAACAAGUCCAGCAACCCGGGGCUGCUGCAGGGCGGUCCCCAGCACCGGGACCAACCGGGCCGCCCGGAACCCCAAUGGCUCAGCCUAACUCGCCCGCCCCUCGCCCCGGCUCUGUGCAACCGGCAGCCCGUCCACCCACGGCUACGGGAACACCUGUUGCUCAACAGCAACCGCAAGCACAGCAAGCACACCGUAUCCAACCAGCAUCGUCUGCGUCAGCUGCAUCGCCUACAACCAGCGCUCACCCCUCUCAGACUACCCGUGAUACUUCUCAACAGCACACUUUUCACAUCCCCCCAAACCUUGCGCUCGCUGCUCCGCAACCUAUCGCCGUCCCUGCUGCCAGACCAACUUUAAGUGGUGGUAUGAAUAGUUCCGGCAAUCAGAUGAUGAGUACUCCCGCUAUUACUAAGCAGCCUGCAUUUGAGUUUGAUGAGGGUGGCAUGGGCUUGUUGAGCAAGAGAAAGUUGGAAGAGCUUGUCAAGCAGAUCGAUCCGGAGGAGAGAUUGGAUCCUGAUGUUGAAGAGGCUAUUCUCGAACUCGUCGACGAGUUCAUCGAUUCGAUCGCUACCUCAGCCUGCAAAAUGGCUAAACUUCGCGGCUCUGACACCCUGGAUCUCAAGGACGUUCAAAUAAUUCUUGAGCGCAACUGGAAUAUUCGCAUUCCCGGCUACGCGGCCGACGAGAUCCGCACUGUCAGAAAAUUCCAUCCAGCCCCUGGAUAUCAUCACAAGAUGGCCGCACUAGCUGCUCAGAAGCAGUUGGCUCAGACUUCCGGUAAGGGUGGAGAAUAGGUGGGAGCGGGGUGGGGGAAACCAUCACAGUACUUGUUAGGUUCACUUUUUAUUUUAUUUUCUUUGCAUUUCUUCUCGGUUUUCCCCAUAUCUUAAAAUCAGAAGCUUCGAAGCUUUAUAUUAUGAUGAGAAUAUGUGAAAGUUGUGAGCGAGGAUAGAUGGAUCUUUCACUUUGCUAAUUAAGUAUUUUUUGCGCUUUCUCUCUCUCUAGCAAUCUUGGGAGGGAGGAGAGCUUUACCUCUCCCCUUGUCAGAGUCGAAGUUUGCUUGGGCUUUGCUCUAUCCCCAUCUCCGCUUGUUUCUAUUCCGGUGUUUUGGUGGCUAGCUAGGGGUUAUGCUUAGUUAUCCAAAUACAGUGUGCGGCUUGGGUCUCUUUUUCCUUUUUUCCCAUUUUUUCCUAUUCUUUUCUUUACUCUCCAUGUCUGGUGCUCUUCUGUUUUAUUAGCUCCAUGUCCAUUUUCGGGUUUGGGUUUACCUUGGGGGUCCUUUUUUUCUCUCUUCACUUUGCUCAUCUUUCGCCCCACUCAUGACGCAUGUUUCUUUCAUGAGCGGUUGUACAGCGUAACAGGAUAAUGUUCUCGACAGGGCAAUGUCGCAUCUGCUAAGUAAACUAAAAUGUAUUAGUAAGUUGACGGGG